AUGUCGUCUUCAAGCUUGAUUGUGGCACUCGACUCACAGAAAAAAGGGUUGAAGCACUUGUAUUGGGCAAAUCAGGUUGGAUAUCUAGAUUAUCUCAGGAGUACCUUCACCGAAUCGAGACCGGAGAAGAUCUCCGAUGAGCAUCUAACCAAGCAGAUACUUGGAUAUGACAGGCAGGGAAUUAUCGAGAGCCGGGCAAUCUGUGCGGCACCUUUAAGAGCGUUGUCUCCUCAAUCAUAUCAAUACUACGCUCCUUGUGAAGAAUAUGAUAGCACCGCCUUUUUUGAAUACUGUAAUACCAUACUCCGUCAACGCAAUAUAUCGACUUCAACCGUUCUCGGUGUAUCCGUUCAUUAUCGAAGAUCGAGACCACCCAAGAGAUCUUAG